CACCGUCUCCGCCAAUCAGCGCGCGAGGUGGGUGGGGCGAGGAGCGAAGGCGGAGCUGAGGUAGUCGCCAUUUUUGUCGCCGUCACCGACCCGGUGAGAGGGAGUUUGGGGCCCGGCUGUUCGAGAUGGUGAAGCUGUUCAUCGGGAACCUGCCGCGGGAGGCGACGGAGCAGGAGAUCCGCUCCCUGUUCGAGCAGUACGGGAAGGUGCUGGAGUGCGACAUCAUCAAGAACUACGGCUUCGUGCACAUCGAGGACAAGACGGCGGCCGAGGACGCCAUCCGCAACCUGCACCACCACAAACUGCACGGCGUCUGCAUCAACGUGGAGGCCAGCAAGAACAAGAGCAAGGCCUCCACCAAGCUGCACGUGGGCAACAUCAGCCCUGCCUGCACCAACCUGGAGCUGCGGGCCAAGUUCGAGGAGUACGGCCCCGUCAUCGAGUGCGACAUCGUCAAGGAUUACGCCUUCGUGCACAUGGAGCGGGCGGAGGACGCGGUGGAGGCCAUCCGCGGGCUGGACAACACCGAGUUCCAAGGCAAGCGGAUGCGCGUGCAGUUGUCCACCAGCCGGCUGCGGACGGCGCCCGGGAUGGGAGACAAGAGCGGCUGCUACCGCUGCGGGAAGGAAGGGCACUGGUCUAAGGAGUGCCCGGUAGAUCGCCCGGGGCAAGUGGCGGACUUUGCCGAGGCCUAUAACGAGCAGUACGGAGCCGUGCGCACUCCCUACACCGCGGGCUAUGGGGAGACCGUGUAUUACGAUGAGGCGUACGGCGGGAUGGCCGACUACUACAAGCGCUACCGCGUCCGCUCCUACGCCACGGCCUCUGCGUACGACGCCUACGCGGAGCAGACCAUGGCCCAGUACUCCCAGUACGCCCAGUACUCCCAGGUCCAGUCCUCGGCCAUGGCCGCCACCACAGCCAUGGCCAGUCGCAUCCCCACCACCUUAGACGCGUACGAUAGAGCUCUGCUGCCGACCCCGAGCGCGGCGGCUGCCGUUGCCGCUGCUGCCGCCACCGCCGCGGCGGCGGCCGCCUCCUCCACCUAUUACACCCGGGAUAGAAGCCCCCUGCGCCGCACGGCCGCCGCGGCCACCACCGUCGGAGAGGCCUACACGUACGAGCGUGGGCAGCUGUCGCCGGUCUCCUCGGUGGCCCGGGCCUCCCUCUACGACCUGCAGCGGUUCGAGCGGGACCCGUACGGGGAGCGAGCGCGGUACUCUGCCUUUUGAGCCAUAGGAGGCACAGCCGCGGUGGAGCACCGCGGAGCAUUGGGGAUGCGCCACAGCCGCCGGACCCCCCCCCCGGGACACCACCGCGUCAGGUCAGACGUGCCCCGGGCCUCCGCCGCCGUCACCGCCGCCGCCGCGCUCCCUGUCCCGUCACCGGUGCCGCGGGGGGGGCAGAACGCGGACCCCCCCCCCUUCCUCUCGCACCGUCGCCGCCGUCACCGCCGCGUCUCCGGCCCUUCCGCCCCCAGCCCCCCGGUGGCCCCGGGCCCCCUCUCACCUCUCUGCUCUCUUCCAGGUCCAGCGGCCUCGGACGGAGCCCGUGAGCCCCCUUUUUGUACGGAGCUUCCCCCUCACCCCCCAUGGGGCUUCGUUGCCCCUUCCCUGUGGAUUGGGACCCCCCCACACCCCCCGUUCCCUGCAGGGGGGUCCCCCCUCUCCCUUUUCCCCCCAUUUUCCAGCAAAAUAAAGGUUUUCACUGAG